AUGAACUUCUUGUCACUCCUUUACACCUGUUUGGCUCUUUCCGCUACCCAAGCUGAGGCCCUUCCUGUUGCCGGGUUUUUCAACCUCGGCAAGAGAUACGACAACUCUUCCACCCCUCUGACCACCUACACCACUGUUACAGCUGGCUCUACAGUGACCAUCGUGGAACCUUGCACUAUUUGCCUGGCAGGCACUUCCAGCAGCGCCUCCUCGUCUGUGGCCACCACCUCCUCCUCCCUCGCCGCUUCCUACAAUGUUGUCAGCGUGGCUAGCAGCUCCAGCAGCUCCAGCUACGCUGCCCCAACUGAGUACACCACUUACACUACCGUCAGCGAGGGUGUCACCAUCACCAUCACCGUGCCAUGCUCCAGCUCGAGCUCCAGUUCGAGCGCUCCUGCUGUCACAACCUCUGCUUCUGCACCGGUCAGCGUGUCAUCUAAGCCAACCGAAGACGUUGUGACUUCUACUUACGAGUCCAACGGUAAGGAAAUGACCACUACCUCGACCAGAACUUCCACAAUUUUCGUGACGGUCACACAAAGCAGCUUGUCCACCUCCAGUCCCGAGGCCUCUCCUUCGUCGGUCGCCGCCCAGGCAACCACUGUUGUCGAGACCGCCUCCAGCAGCUCAUCUGCUUCGACUUCAAAAAUCUCUGCACCGGCUGCCGCGGCUACCACGGUUACUCCUACUACCGUGACUGUCACGGAAACGGUCACCACCGGCUGCGGUGUCUCGUCAAGCGUUUCCUCGGACUCGACUUUGACGAGCACAGUGUACUUGACGUCCACUUUGACCCUGUCUGUCACUGCCACCAUCCCUAUCACCAACUCUGCCGGCUCCACCCUGACGGUGCUGACCACCGAGUCGUGCUUUGAAACGGCCGUCUCGACGUCCUACGUGACCACCUACGUCACUGACUACAUUACUUCGAGCGCCUCCGUGACUUCCUCGAGCUCGAGCUACUCUGCUCCCGCCGUUUACUCCAACACCACCACCUCGUCGGCACAGUCCUCGUAUGUCCCAUACUACCGGUUGAGCAGCAGCACGUAUGCUAACGCCUCGGACUACGUCUCGACUGCCUCUGAUGAGGUCGCUCUGGAGAAACGUGGAUUCUGGAACUUGUUUAUGUAG